AUGAGGAGUGCCCUCCUGCACUGGGCGGCCGCAGCCGCGCUGCUCCUGGGAUACUGGAUUGCUCCGGGGGACACGGGAUCGGGAGGACCGUUGCACCUUCAGAUCAUCAACUUUAACUUCGAAACUGUGCAGGUUACGUGGAAUGCAAGUGGAUACUCCGGGACUAAUUUGACUUUCCUCUACAAAUUAAGAAGCAAUGAGAUGUACGACCAAUGCCCCAACUACAUUCUUCAACAAGGUCGUACGGCUGGGUGCCUGCUGGAGGCAGAAGAUGAUGGAAUUCUCUAUUUUUCCAUCCGGAAUGGAACACAACCUCUUCUGACCAAGAGUCAAUGGAUCAGCUCUUACUUGAAACCAGACUCCCCGAAAGAUUUGAACUUCCAGUGGCAUGAGGAGGCCGUGACGGUGACGUGUUCUGACCUGCCCCACAACGACCUCCUCUAUGAAAUCCAGUUCAAGAGCACCUUCGACACCGAGUGGCAGUCCGAGGAGGGAACAACCUGCAACGUCACCAUAGUGGGCGUGGAUGCCGACAAAUGCUACUUCUUCCGGGCCCGGGUGAAGACCAUGGAGUCCACCUACGGCUCCGACACGUACCCCAGCGACUGGUCAGAGGUGGCCCACCAGCAGAGGGGCGAGCGCCGAGACUCGUGCCAGGAGAGAAAGCUUUUCCCAAGGUUUAUCUUAGUUUCCGGCUUGGUCGCCUUCCUGACGGUGUCCCUUCUCCUUCUGUCUUUGUGGAAACUCCGGAGAGUCAAGAAAGUCCUCAUGCCCAGCGUGCCCGACCCCAAAUUCACCUUCCUCGGGCUGUUCGAGUCCCACCAAGGUAACUUCCAGGAGUGGAUCAAGGACACCCAGAACGUGGCCCACCUGAAUAAGACGGAAGACGGGGAGCAGGAGUGUUUCCUGGAGGAGCCCCUGGUGGUGCAGCCAGCCAAGGCUGAGGUCGAGCCGCCCAGCGUGAUGCGGACGGGGGAGGAAGAGGUGGCCGGAGACCCCAGCCAGCUCCCUUGCCAGACUCCCCAAGGCGGCGAGGUCUUCUCUCUCGGGGACUUCACUUUUGUGAUGACUGACAACUCUUAUAUGAUGUUAUGA